AAUUUAUAGAUACAGCUAAAAUUAUAUGUUAAAAUUAUUACAAUAAUAUGAGUGAUGAAGAACCAUAAAACUAAAUAUUAUGAAUAAACGUACAUGUAAAAUAUAAAAUAUAUUUAAAUAAAUAUAUAUUUGGUAACCUCAUUUAGACGCCAGUGUUAAAUAAAUUUUGAGGUUACACAAUGAUUUGAAGGCAAUGACUUUUUAUACUGCCCCUCUUAAUAAGCUUUGCCACAUGUUGUUUUAUUCUUGCUUAAGCCUUGUUGAUAUACCAUCCGUGGAGAAGAAGGAACUUAUUCCUUUCAACACAAAAUGAACUUCUGUCAUUAACCAUCACUCAUCAUCAUCAUCGUCUUCUUCUUCUUCUUCUUCUUCUUCCACUCUCCAAAACCGAAACCUAAUCCAUGGAAGAUAUCAACAUGCUUGGCGCAGAUUGCAUGGUCAUAUCCUGUUGCGGCCAAUGCUUGAUCCUUCAAAUCCUUGUUCUCGUCUUCCUCCAACUUCCCUACAAAAUGGUUCGGAAGACAAAGAAUUACACAAAGAAGAAACUUCAUCGUCAUCGGGGAAGAAAGAAACAAGAGAAGACCAUGUCGGAAAAUAAUAAAGAAAUGGAUGGAUUGGAAAAUGAGUUUGUAGCUGGUGUUAUUGGAGGAUCUAUGAGAAGAAGAAUUGAAGGAGAAGAACAUUGUGGAUGUUGUAUGGAAGAGGUUGAGAAGGUGUUGGAGGAGUUGUCUUUGAAGGGAGAGUUUGCUUUUGGAAGCUUUUGGGGUCGGGGAGAAUCAGGGUUAAUUUUCCCAACUCCUUUAGAUAAACAUGAAUUUGAUUAUGAUAGUUUUGUACAAUACAAUUUAAUUGAUAUGCUCGGCUCUUUCAACUGAUCAUAAUUCAGCUAUGAAUAUUAAAUAUGGACUAUAAAUUUAAACUCUCAAUAUGUUUAUGGUAGAAUAGAAAGUGAUGGCAAAAUUUACUAUCUGACCAUGGUAUCUACAU